AUGCCGUUCAACACUCAACCUUUUGCUCGAGGUAUUGAACAUACUGUCGAGUGGAGUCUGAUCAGCGACCUGCGUCAGAUGAGUGACCGCUUCGGCCCGCCUGGAGCUGUUGGAAACACUCGUAGCAGCACACUAACACUCAAACUCCGCAACGCCAUCAACGACCUCGAGUUGCAGAUCCGCAGGACAUUUACGAUCCUACAGUUUGAUCUGCUCCUUCAACUGCAAAAAGAAACUCAAAACUAUGCACCCAAGCCACGGAUGCACAAGGAUUCUCGCCAGAACAGUUGGGGCGAUGAUAGCGACGACGUAUCUUCAGAGUCAAGCACCGAGGGACAUCUCGAAGAUUGGUCCAGUGAUGGCUCGCAGCAGGGCUUUGGUCCUGCUCAACCGUCAGUUGAGGAAGCACGAUCGCGUCUAGAGCGAUUGUGUGAGUUUCUCGAAGCUCGAGUCAGCCCGAAUCUGAGAGACAACAAAGCCAACGAAUACCCACGACUAACAAGUCUUAUCGAGAGUGUCAAGUCCCAACCUGACUCCUCCCCGCUCGACCUUAUCCCAACAGUUAGGCCUACGCCCACACCAUUUCUCUUCAACAUCACCGAAGAUGAAGCAACUGCAAGGGCGUUUCUCGCUUUUGUUGACCCAGCACAAGGAAAGCCUUCCAAAGAAAUCCGACGUCAAAUGAUUACGGAUGCCAAAGAGAUGGCCCAAUUCUUCCUUUCAUUCAACAGCUUUGUCGACGCGCUGCAGAUGUCGACGGGCACCCUAGAUGUCCUCACUUGGGAGCCUACCACCAGAAGGCUGGCCUCGGAUGAGUCUGUUGCUUCAUUUUCCCUGCUUCGAAAGUUCCAACACCAGACAGAAGCUGCCUGCCGUGCUGUGUUGUCGCACAUCGCGUCCUGUAGCCACCCCAAACACGAGGCUCUGUUACAACUUCCAGGGUGGGAGGAGGUGUCUAAUUGGGACUCGACAAAGGCGACAGAGAGUCUACCUGUUCCGCUCUUCUUCACCAUGUGCUUGCUCGAUAAAAAAACGCAAAAGAAGCAGGAACAUGGCCCGCUUGACAGCUGGCAAUAUGCUAGAAUGUUUUUUCUGCAGCCAGAUCAUCCCGGUAACUACACAGAGAGAACACUCUGCGAAGCACUAAGGUUGUCACACCGACAAAGGAUAGAUCUGGAAUUUUACGUCUCUGAACAUCACAGACCGGCUAUUCCAGUCACGAUACCAAUUCAUAUACCGUCGAAACUACAGAGAACGCGCAAAUAUGGCAAGGACUUCCCACGUCAUAGCCUAUGGGACCUCAUCGAGCAGGGUCGUCUCAAAGAGCGGAAUCAGCAAAAUCAGCAACACCAGCGAAUGUCUUUCAACGAGUGGGUGACCGUUUCCCGCCCAGGCAACAUCGUUGGUAUGCACGAGCGCAAGGCUCUGGCCGUCAAACUAGUUCUCGGUUUAAUGCUGUCUCUGGACUCUGAUUACGUCUUUGAGACCUGGGACCCCAAGCAGGUUCACCUUCUGGAGUCUGUAAACACAUACACUCCCUUUGUCUCCCUUCCUAGCAAAUCAGAUCUCUCGGGUCAGGAGAAAACUCUCUCUCUUUCCCAUUUUCCCUCACAUGGCAGCAUUGAUGAUCUCGAUAUCCCGGAGCCUUCGCCCCAGUUCGUGUUUCUGGCGAAGGCUCUGGUGCAAAUUGCACAAGGUGAGCGUCUUACUGCCUAUGAACAAGAUCCUUGUACGGACCCUUGGGAGGCAUGCAACCAGAUCCGAGAUGAUAUCCGGGAAUACAGUCAAAUGGCGACAUGCGGCGCAGAGGUGGACCGUGAAGUAUUUCCCUUUUUUAACGCCGCCCUGGGCUGCUUAGAGUUCCAUGAGAAAUUCCCCUGCCGCUUGAUGGCGAAUCAGUCAAGUCAUAACAAGAUGGAAGUUGCGUGGAAACUGGUAUUCGACACCAUUCUCGUCAAGAUCGACAACAAUUUGACUCUGGAGAGCAUGAUUGCUCCCAGCAGUCCGCCUCUCGCCCAGGAUCCAUCGCUGAGCCGUUCAUCCUUUCCAAGGCAUGAGAUUUCUCAGCAAUCCCUGUCUAUAGGCGGUACUCUUCAGAACUUCUCGCACACCACUGCGACCGAGAUGGCUCUGUCGGGACAGCCUUCUCUCCCAUCUGUUGAGCUAGGCCAACCCAACGUCCAAUUAUUCGACGCUAAACAAGUGGCGAGACCUUCAACUGCCAAUAAGUUUUGGGAGCGUCUUGACACAUUCCACAAGUCGUACGCUCGCUUCGUCACCGAUCGCAAGACACAGUCUGGAGACGAAACCCCACGGAGAAUCCGAAUAGCAGUCAUUGAUACUGGAGUUGACUUUGGCCAUCCGGGAAUAACGGUUGCCAAGGACAAGGGCCGCAUGAAGAAGGAGUGGUGCCACAGCUGGGUUGGUGAUGACGCAAAAGACGAAGACAAUGAGUUGCACGGAAGCAAUUGCGCCCAUCUCUUGCACAAGUCGGCUCCCGAGGCGGAUAUUUACGUCGCAAAGGUGUUUAACCAGAAUAAUGUGAGAGAUUACGAAGCCGAGAACAUUGCCAAGGCUAUUGACCACGCAGUAACCAAAUGGGAUGUGGACAUAAUCUCCAUGUCUUUUGGACUUAAUCGUCCAGCCGCUCGAGACGAUGGAGACGUGGAAAAGGAGCUGUUGGCCUUGAAGAAGUACAAUGACAUCGUGGAGGAGAUUGAGAAGUCAAUUCGAAAGGCCUCGCCACGCCUAAUAUUUGCAGCUGCUUCCAACAACGGGAAGAACGAUCGUCGGGCAUUCCCAGCCAGCGACAAUCCUUACGUGACUUGCGUCCACGCCUCAGAAGGGAACGGUGCAGAUGGCGGCAUCAACCCCGAGAUAGGGAGCGGUUUCAACUUUAUGACGCUGGGGAUGGGGCUGGACCUAAUGGAAAAGGAGAAGAUUUUGGACCUCGUUAAGAAGGAUAAGAUGGAGAAGCAAGGGAGGGACCCGGUGAGAUACAAACAGGUGGUAAAGUCUGGAACGUCAUUUGCAACCCCAAUCGCGGCGGGCAUCGCCGCCACGGUCCUCGAUCUCGCAGAUCGCGUCGACGCCAUCAACAAGCGAGCCAAGGAGAAGCUAAGAAGUCCCGAAGGUAUGGAAAAGAUGCUAAAGCUCAUGUCGACCCCCAAGGACGUGAGGGACUGCAUGUGCUACAUGGCACCAUGGAAUCACUGGACAGGUGGUUGGGAGCUGGAAGAUUCCGAGAUUAAAUUGGCCUGGGCCAGCAUCAACGUGCAAUUUAGCCAGUAUUGA